CCGGCGCGGUGAGAAAAGGUGGGGAAGAAGGCGGACAGGAAACCAGAACAAAGAUGGCGGUUGCACUGCGGGCGGCGGCGGCCGGGACCAUCCGGUGCGCUCUAGUAAGCGGUACCAGGGGCUGGACGGCGCAGGCCCGGAGAUACUGCAGCCAGCCCGUCACCGUUAGAGAGCGCAUCGAAAAGAAACGCCAAGAAGCGCUGCUCGGAGGCGGUCAGAAACGUAUCGAUGCUCAGCACAAACGGGGAAAACUAACAGCCAGAGAGAGAAUUAGUGUCUUGCUGGAUCCUGGGAGUUUUGUUGAAAGUGACAUGUUUGUAGAACAUAGAUGUGCUGAUUUUGGAAUGGCAUCGGAUAAAAAUAAGUUUCCUGGAGAUAGUGUGGUAACUGGCCGGGGUCGGAUCAAUGGAAGACUGGUUUAUGUCUUCAGUCAGGAUUUUACAGUGUUUGGAGGAAGCCUGUCAGGAGCUCACGCCCAAAAGAUCUGUAAAAUCAUGGAUCAGGCAAUGUUGGUUGGGGCCCCUGUAAUUGGACUGAAUGAUUCUGGAGGUGCCCGGAUUCAAGAGGGAGUAGAAUCUCUGGCUGGCUAUGCUGAUAUAUUUUUGAGGAACGUCAUGGCGUCGGGAGUUGUCCCACAGAUCUCUUUGAUCAUGGGCCCGUGUGCAGGAGGAGCUGUCUAUUCUCCUGCCUUAACAGACUUCACAUUCAUGGUGAAGGACACGUCCUAUUUGUUCAUCACGGGCCCCGAUGUGGUCAAGUCUGUCACCAACGAGGACGUCACCCAAGAAGAGCUUGGAGGGGCUAAGACUCAUACUACAAUGUCAGGGGUGGCCCACAGAGCCUUUGAAAAUGACAUAGAUGCCCUAUUUAACCUUCGGGAGUUCUUCAACUACUUACCUCUGAGUAACCAGGAUCCAGCUCCAGUACGGGAGUGUCACGAUCGGUGUGACCGCCUGGUUCCUGAGCUGGACAUGCUUGUUCCCUUGGAGUCUACCAAAGCCUAUGACAUGGUGGAUAUUGUCCAUGCAAUUGUUGAUGAGAGAGAAUUUUUUGAGAUAAUGCCCAAUUAUGCCAAGAACAUCAUUAUUGGCUUCGCCAGGAUGAAUGGAAAGACUGUUGGGAUUGUAGGCAACCAGCCCAAAGUAGCAUCAGGGUGUUUGGAUAUUAAUUCUUCUGUGAAAGGUGCUCGUUUUGUCCGAUUUUGUGAUGCUUUCAAUAUACCACUGAUCACUUUUGUUGAUGUGCCUGGCUUUUUGCCUGGUACCGCUCAGGAGUAUGGGGGCAUCAUCCGACAUGGAGCAAAACUACUUUAUGCAUUUGCAGAAGCCACUGUGCCCAAAAUCACUGUAAUCACAAGGAAGGCUUACGGUGGCGCCUAUGACGUGAUGAGCUCCAAGCACUUACGCGGUGACGUCAACUAUGCCUGGCCGACGGCUGAGAUCGCAGUGAUGGGGGCAAAGGGUGCGGUUGAGAUCAUCUUCAAAGGAAAAGAAAAUGUGGAAGCCGCCCAGGCAGAGUACGUGGAGAAGUUUGCCAAUCCCUUCCCUGCGGCCGUGAGAGGGUUUGUGGAUGACAUCAUCCAGCCUUCGGUGACUCGCGCGCGCAUCUGCCGCGACCUAGAUGUGUUAGCGAGCAAGCAGCAGUCCGGGCCCUGGAAGAAGCACGCCAACAUACCCCUCUGAGCCGGCCGGCCGAGGGAUCGGCUCCCGGGGCCUCGGGGUGGGAGAGCGGCACCUGACAUUCCUUUUUCUGGCUUUGGACAAAGCCGGACCCGGAUUUGGCUUGAAAGCCAUUUGUAAGUUAGAGUUGCUAAGUUUAUUAAAUCUAAAAGAAUAUUUUGUGUGCCUUACUCCGCUGCUCCAUACCGUGCCAUUGCCUUCUUCAGAAAACUAUAAGUGAUUUCUUCAAAGCAGGCCACAAAGGAGCUGCGUGGAUGUUUGCAAGGUGCCACAGACCAACCACAGAAGGCUGUGCUUCCCUGCAAAUGAUCUUAAGGUUUUUGAUCCUGAUAUCUUGAUGCUUCAGUGAUUGGUCAUUAGCAGAGUAAAUUUGGUGUAGCUGAUAUUUUGUGCCUCAUCAAGGUAAAAAGAAGGAAUAUGUUAAAAUUCCAGUUUUCUUUAUUUCACAUCUAAGAAACUUUUGGCUUCUAUUUCAGAAACUGGGAAAAUAGGGUGAUAUCUCAUUAAGGACUAUAGAACUGCCUAAUCAAUACCUAUUUGCAAAACAGUUUAAUUUUUUUUAAUCUGAAAAGUAUAUAUUGCUGGACAGUUUUUUGUAUAGUGAGCAUUUGUGUAUCAAAUAAUAUGAUCCUUUUUUUUUACUUCUUUAAUUCCAGUUAUUGUGUUCAAAUUAAAUAUUGACCUCGAAAUGUAAUAAAAAUUGCACUCCAGUCCUUAUGUUCAUCCUAAA